AUGUUUUUUACCCGUUGUUUAUACAAAAUAGCUGAACAAGAUCUUGGCCGCCAUUUAAAUUUACCAUUUAUUGAUAAACUUCGUGUUUAUGUUCGUGGUGGACAUGGUGGAAAUGGUAUAAAAAAAUAUGGUGGCAUUGGAGGACAAGGUGGUCACGUACUUGUACGUGGUAAACGUCAUUUAACAUUAAGAAAUGUUUAUGAAAAAAAUUUAGCUAAACGUUAUAUAGCAUCCGAUGGUGAACAUAGUCAUAAAACAUGUUUAAAUGCAAAAGCAGGUGAAAAUUUAAUUAUUCAUGUACCAUUAGGUAUUCAAGUUAUACGUGAUAAUGGUGAAUUAAUAGAUGAAAUAAAUGAUAUUGAUGAUGAAUGUAUUGUAGCACAUGGUGGGGAUGGAGGAAAUUAUAAAACAUAUUUUCAAGGACAAUCUGGCGAAACUACAAUGAUUAAUUUUGAUUUGAAAUUAUUAGCUGAUGUUGGUUUUGUUGGUUAUCCAAAUGCUGGUAAAUCAACUCUUCUUUCAAUGCUUUCUCGUACACAACCAGCAAUAUCACCUGUACCAUUUACUACUCUACAUCCUCAAAUAGGCACUGUUGUAUUUGAUGAUAGUCGUUCAUUUACAAUAGCUGAUUUACCAGGUCUUAUUGAAGGAUCACAUUUAAAAAUGGGACUUGGUUCAAGAUUUUUAAAACAUACAUUACGAUCAAAAAUUCUUUUAUUUGUUAUUGAUAUAAAUGGUUUUCAAUUAGAAUUUCGUUCACCAUUACGUUCAGCAUUUGAUUCAAUUGUAUUUUUAACAAAAGAACUUGAAUUAUAUGAACCAUUAUUAUUAAAUAAAUCAGCUAUAUUAGCUAUAAAUAAAAUUGAUCAAUUAGAUAAUCAAACAAAAUUAAAUGAACUUUAUUAUUCAUUAAAUAAUUAUAAACAAAUAUUAGACAAUGAAUAUGAUGAUAAAUGGCGGCCAAAAAAUUUCUUUCAGUUUGAACAUAUUGUUGAAAUAUCUGAUAAAAAAAACCAAACUAUGACUAAUGAUUUUAUUUAUUCUCGUAUACAAUCAGAUUUUAUUGAUUCAAUAAUUGAUACAGUUAAACAACGUGAUGGUUAUUUACUUAGUGAAUUACUUAAUGUAAUACAUAUGUACAAAAUUGAUGAUUUGGAUUUUAAUGAUUAUAUUGAACCUAAUUUAGAUCAACAAUUAAUUAAUGAUCAAGAUUUUCUUUGGAAAUUAUUAAGUCAACAUCAUUGGUGUGUUUGUCGUUAUUUACAUUUAAAUGAUAUUGAUCGAGCUUUUCGUCAUCAAUCGAAAAAAUUCUCUUGUCUUAUGUCUAUUCUUAAUGGAUAUUUAAAUCGAAUGACAAGUGCAACAUUCGCUGAUGAUAUUCAUGAUACAGAUCAAGUAAAUCCAUCAUUAAAUGAAGAUGAACCAUCAUGGUUAUUACCUGUUUUUAAUAGACUUGCACAUGAAUUACGUUUACUUGCUUUACCUGGAAAUGAUGAAUUGAAUAAUGAUGAUUAUGAAACAUCAGAUAAUAUGAAUUCAAAUAGUACAAUACAAACAUAUAAUAGUCAAUUAUUAAAUGCUUUAGGUGCUAUACAAAGAUUUCCAUCGACAAAUAAAUUAAGAAAAGUUGGCAUUUUUAUUGUCGUCAAUCAAAUGUUAAAAGCAUAUUAUGCUUUACAUAAAUUUAAUUUAUGUACUUAUUUCAUCUCAAAAACUGAACGUUCAUUAAAACAAUAUAUGCAAGAAGAAAAUACCCAACAAGAACGUCGAUUUUCAUCUUAUGUACUAACAUACCGUUAUUUUCUUGGUAAACAUCUUUUACUUCAACAUAAUUAUAAAUCAGCUAUUGAACAUUUUGAUUAUGUGUUUACAAAUUGUCUUGAUUCAAAACAAAGUUGUAGUAUUAAAAAUAAACAACAAUCAUUAUUAUAUUUAGUUAUAGUUAAAAUGUUACAUGGUUCAACACCUAAAAUGGAUAUACUUGAAAAAUAUCAAUUAAAUGAAUUAAUUGAUUUAAUUGAACCAAUACGUAUUGGUUCAUUAAAAUUAUUUAUUGAUAAAAUAAAACAAUAUGAACAAUUUCUAUUUGAUAGUGGUCUAUUUUUUUUAAUUGAAAAUUUAAAAUUAAUAACAAUAAGAAAUUUAUUUCGUAUGUAUGUUUAUCAAAUUGAUCAACAGCAAACAGAUAAAAUUCCAUUAGAAACAACAUUAUUAUUAUUAUUAAAUUUUGGUUUUGAAAAAGAAAAUUUUUUUACAAUUAAUGAACUUAUUGAUAUAUUAAAUAGUAUGAUACAAAAAGGGAUGAUUAAAGGUUAUAUAUCAUAUAAAUUUCGAACAUUAGUUGUUAGUAGAAAAGAUCCAUUUCCAAAAAAUUUUCGUUUUACAUCAUUAUUAAAUACGUCAUAA